UAAUGUGUGUGGUCUUCUUCCUCCUUCGUUCUCUCGCUGUCUCUCUCCUUCUUCUUCUUCCUAAUGCUCCUCGUCUCGUUCCAAGAAGGAAGGUAAAAUAAGAGUGUCUGAGAUGGGAGGGAAAGGAGGCUCGUCGUCUCCGUCCUCUUCACCGGCGCUUCCCGUCUGUUGCAUGUGCGGUGAUCGCGGCCUGUCAGAGGAACUCUUCCGAUGCAGAUCCUGCCUCGUUAGGUUUCAGCACAAAUACUGCAGCAAUCUCUACCCGAGAGCUGAGUGCUAUCGCGCGUGCAAUUGGUGCUUAAGCGAUCGAAAAGAAAAUAAGCCCGUGGCAGACUCCUCCAUAGAUCAGAUCAACUCCGUGUCUUCCCCCUCUAAUAGCAAUGGUGGAUUCGGUUCAGGAAAUGAGUUACAACGCUGUUCCUCACCGUCCCCAUUGCACCACGACAAGCCCAUCAAGAAGCAAAGACUGCCCGACAAAGCAUCAUCGAGCUCGAUCGAAAGCGUGAGAUCCGAGACGCGGACGCAACCCAAGCAAGCCUUUCGAGGUAGAGUCAAGAGGUAUAAGCUCCUGGAAGAGGUCUCCAGCUAAGUGUGGACUGCUGCCUUCAUGCUGUACGCUAAGAAAUAAGGGGAGCACAAUCAAUCGAGUGAUUGGUUCCUGUCUCCUCCAAUCUCGAGAUGCCUCUGAGAUCGAAUUCUUCUUACCUUUCUGAAUUCGAAUCAUCUUCUUAUCUAUCAGUUAAAUUGAGAACAAAUGUAUAUCUGUUCAGGGGAGGAGGCACUGCCUUUAUCUCAAGCUAUGCUGAUAGCUACAGGAACCUUUUUUUGCUGCACCUG